GGGGGGGAGGGCAGCCGGGGAAAGCCUGUCCACAUAUGUGGUUGCGGUGAAGCAAGACAUCUACACCUAUACAUUGAUGGAAAGGGAAGGAGGGGAGGGAAACCGGUACCAUCUUGCACCCGGGGCUCCCCUUCGCCCGUUCGCAUCCCCCUCUCCUCCCUCCCCUAGCCUUCAGGAGGGGGAGGACCUGAGGGAGGACGGGGCGGAGGACGGGGCGGAGGAAGACGACGAGUCCAACAGCAUCGUGGGCGUGACCCUGACGGAGGAUGGGACUGUGGUGGUUGCCGCCAAGGGAGGGAACGUUACCGCCCUGCGUCAUAACCCUUCCCUUGCCGCCUCUACGCCCACGGCCCAAGCCGGGGAGAGCGCUCUGCGCCCGGUGGCCUACUUCCCUCUCUCCCGCGUGGUCGCCUCCUCCGCCCCCAUCCACAUUUCCAACUCCUUGGCCGUGCACGGGCAGGUGAGGACUCCCUUCUUUUUCUUUGCCUCUUUUUUUCGCGCCAAAAAAGCGUGGAUUGGGAAGUUCGCACCCAGCGGCUUGCUCUGA